AAAUCCCUCUUAUCAUUGGUUUAUUGUUUUUGCAAAGUGAUAAGAUCGAAAUCUAGAAUAAUUAAAAAUAUAUAAACCGACCUAUCUUGAAUAGUUGCAGUGGGUUAAGACUAGUUACCAAAAUGAAGUUCACUCUCGCAUUAUUGUUUGUUUCUUUGGCAUACACAGCCACUGCUGUGCCCAUCGAUGAGGCGGCAAUCAGCAGAAAUGAUCUUGAAGAUCCGACUAGAGACUUUCCCGAAGGCAGUCGUGAGGACGUUGACUUGGACUUAGAUGGUGAAGUUGAUGAGGAACUACUACAAGGAAUCGCCGAAAGAAACUUGUACUUGUUGUUCACCAGGCGCAAUCCUACUGCUGCUCAAACUUUGAUCAUCAAUGACGCCAACAGCAUCAGAUACUCCAAUUUUAACCCAAACCAUCCUACAGUGGUGAUCGCUCAUGGCUGGCUCAGCAAUCAAAACACUGGAAUCAAUUCUCUUAUCAGGGACGCGUACCUCGGCAAAGGUGAAGCUAACGUGAUUGUAUUGGAAUGGAGGCGUCUGGCUAUUUCUAACUACGUCACAGCUGUACGAGGUGUUCCGAUUGUUGGCAAAGGAUUGGGACAGUUCGUCCGUUACCUGAUCGGUGUUACUGGGGCAAGAUACGAGGACAUCCAUCUAGUCGGAUUCAGCUUGGGAGCUCAUCUAGUCGGAAGUGCUGGAAGGGAGCUACUCGGAAGAGUCUCUCGUAUUACUGGUCUUGACCCUGCUGGUCCUCUGUGGGUUUUGAACUCGAACCGCCUGAGAACUAGCGAUGCUAGAUAUGUUGAGGUUAUCCACACCAAUGGUGCUUACACCGGCCUAGGAAUCGGUUCGUCAAUUGGUCACGCUGACUUCUACCCCAACGGUGGCAGCUUCCAGCCUGGCUGCCUGACAUACAUCUGUGACCACAAUCGUGCCUGGGAGUUGUUUGCUGCCUCUGUCUCUUACAACCAUUUGAUUGCGAGAAAAUGCUCAAACUCUCUCCAGAUUACCCUGAACACGUGUCGUGGAGACACCUUCCCGAUGGGCAAUGACGACUUGAAUAAAUAUGGACUUGGCGAAUUCCGAGUGAACACCAACAGGCGCUACCCCUUCUGAGCAAAACAAAUAGACACCGGGCAAUACUUAAAAGGAAAUGAUUAAUAAGUUUAUUAUCUUGUAUAUUUUCAAGUUAAUAAAACUUAAAUUCACUUGGCGUUUACAUCUUUCGAGAAUCACUGAUUUUCAAAUAAUAUUGUUUGUCAUGUGCUUUCGUUUUACAUAAUUAAUGGAGUACAUAUUAUAACUUUCGAUAAUAUAAGACUGAUAGAAUUACAUAUAUUUUGUAAAAAGCAA